CUACAAUGUUCAAUCUGCAACCGAAGUCUUGUCUUUAGUCUUCCAGAGACAUCGGUGGCAUCGUAUGCCAAGUUAUUUUGUUGCCGCUGUACAAGUCGUGUUUCUGCAGUGCAUACAUUUUCGAAAUUAAUUCGAUUCGCGAGAAGUUUUAAGAAAUUGCUUAAUCAGAGGAUUCGCAAUGCAGGGCCGAAAGCACAAAUUUUGCACAAAACUUUACAGUACAUAUUUAAGAAAAUGGUGGAUUACAAUUGCUAUAGCAGUAUGCCUUCUCAUUCUUGGAAUUUUGAUCACAUGUGAAUUUACAGCGCUAAUAAAUUUAAUUAUAAACUACCAAGUUGCUCUUCGCCCGGGGAGUCAAACCUUUGGAUGGUGGGCCAAGCCACCAGUGGAGCCGAAAAUUUCCGUUUAUGUGUACAAUGUUACGAAUGCAAAUGAGUUUUUGAAUAAUGCUUCCAAGCCAAUUCUUGACGAAGUGGGCCCAUACGUGUACACAGAGUCAUGGGAGAAGGUCAAUGUUGUUAAAAACGAAAAUGGUACAUUAAGUUACAAUUUAAAAAAAAUUUACAUUUUUCGUGAGGACCUUUCUGUCGGCAUGGAAGAUGAUGUCGUUAUCGUUCCCAACAUUCCAAUGUUAAGUGCAACAUCUCAAAGCAAACACGCAGCAAGAUUUCUGCGACUUGCAAUGGCCAGUAUAAUGGACAUUUUAAAAAUAAAACCUUUUGUUCAAGUUUCUGUGGGUCAAUUACUUUGGGGCUAUGAGGACCCGCUUCUUAAACUAGCAAAGGAUGUUGUUCCGAAGGAACAAAAGUUACCAUACGAAGAAUUUGGUCUAAUGUAUGGCAAAAAUGGAACAUCAACAGAUCGAGUAACUAUUUUCACAGGAGUAGACGAUAUUACUCAAUAUGGAAUAAUCGAUAAGUUUAAUGGCAGAUCUUAUCUCCCUCACUGGUUAAGCGAUAAUUGCAAUAGGUUAAAUGGCACAGAUGGAUCAAUAUUCCCACCUCAUAUUGAAAAAGAUCGCAUUCUGUUCGUAUAUGAUAAGGACUUAUGCAGGCUUUUGCCGCUUGUUUACGAAAAAGAAGUUCAAAUAAAGGAAAAUGUUCUAGGAUAUAGGUUCACGCCCCCGGAAAAUGUAUUUGGGGACGUUGAAAGUAAUCCUGAAAAUGCAUGUUUCUGCCCAGCGGGCCAGCCAUCUUGUUCGCCAAAGGGAUUAUUCAAUGUAUCACUUUGCCAAUAUGAUUCGCCAAUUAUGCUGAGUUUUCCUCAUUUUUAUUUGGGAGAUGAUAGUUUCCUAACCGCAGUUGAAGGAAUUAGUCCUCCGGAUAAGGAUAAGCAUACAUUUUUCAUCGAUGUUCAUCCGACAAUGGGAACUACUUUAAGAGCUCGCGCACGAGUUCAGAUCAAUUUGGCGGUGAGUCAAGUCUUUGACAUAAAACAAGUGGCUAAUUUCCCCGACAUCGUGUUUCCGAUAUUGUGGUUCGAGGAAGGUAUAGAUGAGCUUCCGGAUGAAAUAACCGACUUGAUGAGCUUUGCGGAAACUGUACCACCAAAAAUACGUUUGGUUAUCAUAAUUGCUCUUUUCGCCUUAGGUGCUUUACUCUUCUUGCUUGCUCUAUUCUGUUUAAUAAGGAGUUCGCAUAGACAAAGCACUUUGCAUCUAGAAGGUUCUAAUUACUUAGCAACAGCUCAAUUCGAUCUAACGAAAAAGAAAGCUAAAGAACCGAAAAAUUAAAUAUUAAGUCGAAUAUAUAAUACAUAUAUACAUCUUUUUACAUAUAUAUACCUAUUAUAAUUAAUUAAUGUAUAGGCAAGAAGGCGGGGUAUGUAAUCUACCUGUACAACCGCUGUUAAACAAAUAUAUAAUAAACACAGUACAGAGGAAAAUAAAAACACUAUAAUAUGGUAUGAAAUGCGUAAGUUUAGAAGACUAAAAUACUGUACGCAAAUACAUGGAUUCGUAUAUUUACGAAUAUUCAAUUAUUAUAUAAUAUUUCAUACAAAACUUAUUACAAUAUAUGUAUAUACCCGAAGCAUUGGUACUUAAUACAGCUCUGGGUUUUAUCUUUCCUCACUCUUAAUAAUUUCUAAAUUAUUGGCUAUUAUUUUGUUAUAAAGUAUUGCGAGGACAUAAUCAAAAGCUAUUAUUUUACUUUAACAAACAUUAAAUUUUUUUCUUUGCACCGCUUUUGGCUUAUAUUUCUGAAAUAUGUAUAUUGAAUUGUCUCCUUCAUUAUAACUGAAGAGCCCGAUAGAUUUUUGAAAAAUUUAAGAAAUCUUUAUUAAAAAUUAAUAAAUAUAUACCUCAGGGCAUUAUACAAAUAGGUAUAUAUAAAAUAACUUACUUAUAAUUAAGCCCUUGAAAGAAAAAGAAGGUAUCGUAUUAAAGACUGAAUCAUUAAAAUAUUUGUUGUGUCCUAACAAUGCUUUAUAGCGAAACUAUAAGCAUGUCUUUCGGGUAUAUAAGUAUUUUAUAUAUUGUUUAAUUUUUAAAUUUUUAUAAAUAUUUUAGUCGAACUCGAUGAAAACUUGUCAAAUAUGGAUAUCAAAUAUAAUUCUGAAAUACUAAAUUGAGCUAUUAUAAUGUCUAGUAAUCCACAUGUUGCUUAAAAAUAUACUUAUAUAUAAUAUUAUUUUUGAAUCAUGUACAUGAUACAUGAAUAUACCGUCCAAGUUAUUUUGAUGUAUACUUGCAUAUACAUAUAUACAUAUACAUAUAUGUGCUUAUGCUCGUUCAUGUAAUGUAGGUAAUUUAGCUUGUUAUUAAAAUAUAAUUAAACAUUGUCCAAUUGUACUUACUUAAUACGAAAAGUCAAGAUAAUAUAUUUUGACACGUACAGUUACUCUUUUGGAACAUCGCAUUCACAGAAAUCUUUUCAAAUGCAAUUAUCUGCGAACAAAGCUAUCCUAUUCAUACAUAUGUACUUACUAAUCAUUUAUAGUCGUUUUAGUUUGACAUUUCUUUAAUAUUGAAAUAGGCUUUCUGCAGACCUAUGCUAAUUACAAUACCUUAAAUAAUUGAUAAUAAUAAUCUUAACUGAAAAAUUAAUAUUUUCCCAUUUUUCGCUUUCUGACUAAUCAUUCACAAAUUGAGGAACAUACGGUCGAACUAUCAUACCUAUUACUGUCCUUGAAAACAUUAACAAUUUGAAAAAUGACAAGUUAAAAUCAACUUGAGAAUUGAGGGUUAAAAAAAUAUUAAAUAACAUUUUUAAGGGCUUCUCAGCUACAUACCUAUGUACAUAUGUAUGUGGGUGUGCUUGUGAGUGUUAACUUAUAU